AACACUACUCUUCCCAGUUUCAAAACAAAAUUAAUGGUCUAAGACUGAUAGCUUACUAUUGUUAUCAUCGUCUUUAUGUUCUUUUGACCUUUGGGUGUGGCUGUAUUUAUUCAUAGCAGAAGUGUCCAAGAAAAAUAUAGGGAGAAAAGAUUAAAUGAAACAAUAAGAAGGUCAAAGAAAAAGUUAAUCUGUUCAGAUUACUGUAAUAUUUUAUAUUAAAAAAAAAGGUUGAAAUAGUUACUACCAUAAACACUACUCUUCCCAGUUUCAAAACAAAUUAAUGGUCUAAGACUGAUAGCUUGCUAUUGUUAUCAUCGUCUUUAUAUUCUUUUGACCUUCGGGUGUGGUUGUAUUCAUUCAUAGCAGAAGUGUCCAAGAAAAGAUAGGGAGGAAAGAUUAAAUGAAACAUAAGAAGGUCAAAGAAGAAAUUAAUCUGUUCAAAUUACUGUGAUAUCUUAUAUAAAAAUAUCAUCAAAAAGAUUACUGUAAUCUAAGCAGGACAUUAUAAGUAUAACCUUGGAAGCGAAUUCCUAUCAUUGAAAUAAGCAGUUAAGACGACCUCAAUUAUACUCCCACACUUUGAAAAUUUUUCUGUAACUGCCCAAAGAGUUAAUUCAUAAUGCCUCAAAUUUUCAUAAAAUCCCUCUUUUCUCUGUUGUCCUUUUGGUGAUUGCUUUUGGGAUUUUAAACUUAAGUCCUGGUUUCAAAGUUGCUGAGAGAAAAGGAAAUGGUUUCCCUGUCUCGUGCUUCUAUCUCUGAGGAGGAACACAACGAAAACCUUCUUGAAGUUGGGAAUGAGCUGCUUCAGCAGCCUCCAUCUUCUAAAGAGGAGCUUCUGGAGAAACUGGAUAAGUUAGAGCAUCUUUUGUCACCGGUGAAGCAAAUCCCCUCCGUAUCGAUGCGAGAUGCUUUUCGGCCUGCAAUGGAAGCACUAGUUGCAGAUGGACUUCUACGACAUUGUGACAUGGAUCUGAAGGUGUCAGUUGCAUCUUGCAUCAGUGAGAUCAUGCGGAUUACAGCUCCAGAUCAACCAUAUAAGGAUAGCAUACUUAAGGCAAGUACAACUCAUACAGUUUUCUUUGCCCAAAACGGGAAAUCAGACUUGUUGCAAGUCUUUCUUUUAACGAAACUGUUUUGCUAUGUAAUUGAUAGUUCAGAUUCUGUAGUAUUUAUGCAUCUAUGAUUUUCUUGAAUACAUGCAUAGUAUUUAUACAUUCUCAUAGUUUGGUUUCCUGCUCAAUUGGUUGACAGAACUUUUUUGAGCUUGCAGUGUUGACGUUUGGGAAAUUGUCUUGCUUGGAUGGUCACUAUUAUUCAAAGGUUGUCUCAAUUAUUGAAGUUCUGACAAGGUACCGAACAAGCGUGCUCAUGUUAGAUACAUAGAUUGUUCAGAUGUUUCAACAUUUUCUCAAUGGUACAAGGUAUAUUUCCAAUUUUGUUAUGAAUAGAAACCGUCUCAUUGCUGGCACCAACUAAAGAGAGUUUAUAUAAAUAUUGUUAUCUUCCCUCCCUUUGUAUAUAUUCUUUCUUGUCUGCUUUUUUUUUCCUGAAAUUUCUCAACAACUGUCUAUAAAAAAAGAUAUGCACAGAAAGGGCGACAGAAGCAACCUUUCUUAGCGCGCUUUUCAAGCGCUUAGCUUCUGCUAGUGGCGGGGCGGCAAGGCCAUGUUGUUCAGUUGGAAGCCUAAGCCAAGAAGGUCGUAUAAAGAAAAAUAUUACAAAAUAUUUGGGCGGUAUA